CCUUAGAUGCACAAGCUGUAUUCAGUCAAAUUAUAAAUCACUCUGGAUUAAAGUGUCAGUUAAAUGCAGUAAAUGAAGAGAUUCUGGAAUACAAUCUGAACAAGAAUGACUGACUGCAGUCAUCAUGUUUACUCUCAUAGACCAGAUGACAGUCAUUAAAAACUAUUUAUCAAAACAUGAAAUAAAGGUACACCAGUGUACACUGAACUCUGUGUAUUUGUUACUAUAUUUCCUCUUUCUGUAUGUUGUCAUCCUUGAUGUUGUUCCUUUUUAUUCAAAUGAGUUGCUUUUCUUGUAAAUGACAAAAGUCUGUGCAACGUUGCACAUUUCAUCAAGUUCUGCUGCCUAUAGAGCAACAUAUCCCUAAAUGCCACUGAAGCCAUUAAAGACUAAGAACAGUAAUAACUUUAUAGUCCCGGUGGGUUAGUCUGGGUACAGACACAUGCCAGGGUUAAGGAGGGAAAAACCCGACGCUCUGAUUUUUCCUUGUAGUUCUUGUCAGAGCUGCACUGGUGUGGAACUCCCCUUUCUAACAGGAAGUGCAGGGACUCGAUACUUCAUAAAGCACGCAGACCACGCUGGCUUCACCAGUCAGUGUGAGACCGCUCUCUUACACACACACACACAAGUAUAGAAACUGCAAAAAGAAGACAGGCGAUUUUCUCAGCAUUGGCUACAUUUGCUACAGCUGUCAGAAGGCCACAGUGAUGAUGGAUGAUUUGAGAUUCACGUUGGCGAACCGCUCACGUAUCCACGCUGUGGAGAGUUCGUUUGGCCCAGCCGGGAAGUCUCUGUUCGUGCCGGGCCGCGUCCUGGUAGGCGAAGGUCGUCUGACCAAACUCUGCAGGCGACGGCCACAGCCUAAAGUAUUCUUCCUGUUCAAUGACAUCCUGGUUUACGGCAGCAUCGUGGUGCCUGGACGCUGGAACAACAACCAGAAGAUCAUCCGUCUGGUGGAGGUGCAUCAGGAAGACCUGCUCGACGGCGUCGGCAUGACCAACCAGUGGCUGCUGCGCACGCCGCGCAAGUCCUUCCACGUAUCUGCGGCGUCGAGUGAGGAGAAGCAGGCGUGGAUGCAACACAUCGAGCAGUGCCGUGUGCAGCAGCUGCAGAACCUGGGCGUGCCAGCAAAGGGCCCCAGCAUGGAUGACUUUGCCGCCAUCUGGAUCCCGGACAAUGCCUCGGCCGUCUGCAUGCGCUGUACGGAUCGUUUCCACGUGACCAACCGCAGACACCACUGCCGCCACUGUGGGUUCGUGGUGUGUGGCAGCUGCUCGAAGAGCCGAGCCGUGCUCAGACACAUCUCAUCCAAGCCGGUGCGCGUGUGCUGGGUCUGUAAGGCCAGCAUGCAGGAAGAUGCUGACAAGCAGCAGAAGCAAAGCUGGAAGUGCAACUCAAUGGAGGACACACCCGAGUACGAAACGUCCAGCGAUGAGGAGGAAGACGACGACAACCACGUGUCCAACCACUGGUUCAGCACGGAGGCAGAAGGCUUGGCCACCUACUGCUACCUUAACCCCUCCCACACCAAGCCCCCUCUGUCUUUAAGAAGAGCAGGUCAAGGCACUUGCCGUCUUAACCCUGCUCACACCAGUACUACUGUAUUGACCCUGCCCACAUCUGUCCACUGUGUCCACAGUCCAGGAGGGACAUUCCAGAGACUGUAAUAUGAACCGCACACACUGGUUCCAAAGGACGGAAACAUGAUCUAACACUUAUAGUGCUUCACCCUUGACCAUACUUCUUACAGUAAAGUAUUUAACACCAGUGUCUCUGUUUUUAAACACUUACAUAUGUGUUCUUUGUAUUGACUUUGUUUUUGAUAUCACUGCGAUCAUUAAUUAUUUAUUUAAUAAAUAAUCCACUGUAAAUAGACAUCACAUUAAUUGAACAUUUUUUAUAAUGUAUAAGUCUUAUGUAAAUUUAUGUAAACCAGAAUGGACAAGCAAAAUAACGUGUACUUUAUGAACCACUGUAAUAAAAAAAUA